AUGAAGUCUAAUAAGCACUGUGGUACCCAGGGUUCAAGUUAUACAAUCAUGACCUUCCAUCCAACCAUGGAAGAAUUUAAAGAUUUCAACAAAUAUAUUGCUUACGUGGAAUCCCAAGGUGCACAUCGAGCUGGCCUGGCCAAGAUAAUUCCACCCAAGGAAUGGAAAGCCAGACAGACCUAUGACGACAUCAACGACAUCUUAAUAGCCACUCCCCUCCAGCAGGUGGCCUCUGGGAAGGCAGGUGUGUUCAUGCAAUACCACAAAAAGAAGAAAGCCAUGACAGUGGGGGAGUAUCGCCACUUGGCAAACAGUGGGAAAUAUCGCACCCCACCACACUUGGACUUUGAGGAUUUGGAGCGAAAAUACUGGAAAACCCGCCUGUAUGAUUCACCGAUAUAUGGCGCGGACAUCAGUGGCUCCCUAUUUGAUGCAAGCACUAAACAAUGGAACCUUGGACACCUCGGAACCAUUCAGGACCUGCUGGAGCAGGAGUGUGGAGUUGUCAUCGAAGGCGUCAACACGCCCUACCUGUACUUUGGCAUGUGGAAGACCACCUUCGCCUGGCACACGGAGGACAUGGACCUUUACAGCAUCAACUACCUGCACUUCGGGGAGCCCAAAACGUGGUACGCGGUGCCCCCGGAACACGGCCAGCGCCUGGAACGCCUGGCUAAGGAGCUUUUCCCGGGCAGUUCGCGGAGCUGUGAGGCCUUCCUGCGGCACAAGGUGGCCCUCAUGUCGCCCACUGUCCUCAGGGAGAACGGGAUCCCCUUCAGUCGGAUCACUCAGGAGGCUGGAGAGUUCAUGGUGACGUUUCCCUAUGGCUACCACGCCGGCUUCAACCACGGCUUCAACUGUGCGGAGGCCAUCAAUUUCGCCACCCCGCGAUGGAUCGACUAUGGCAAAGUGGCCUCUCAGUGCAGCUGCGGGGAGGCCAGGGUCAGCUUCUCCAUGGACGCCUUCGUGCGCAUCCUGCAACCCGAGCGCUACGAGCUGUGGAAACGCGGGCAGGACCGGGCUGUCGUGGACCACGUGGAGCCCACGGCGCCGGGCAGCCAGGAGCUGAGCGCCUGGAGGGAGGCCUGGGCGCCCGGGAGAGCCACGCUGGGCCUGAGGCACCUCCAGCCCCCUAGGGCGGCACGCACCCCUCGGCGGGUGGCUCCCAGCAGUGCGCCCCGCCGUCGCCGUGCCCCUGUGCGCCAGGCAUCCUCGGGCCCCUCGCAGUCCCGGGGUUCUGCCUCUGUGGCCCAUUCUGGGGCUGCUGCCGCCCGCAGCUCCCCGGAGCCCGGCCCAUCAUCUCUGCCGUCAACCCCGGGUCAGUCUGCCGCAGAUCUCCAGCCAAAUGGUAGAUGUGGUCAUGGUCGUCGUCUUCGGGAACAGGAGACUCAAGAGUCCAUUGUCCAGGCCCGGGCUAAGAGGUGCCUCUCCGUGGGCAGAGAGCGCACAGCUGGGAACCGCAAGGCCCCGCCUCUGCCUGCUGGUGGACUAUCCAUAGACAACCAUGCACCGCUGAGCCCUGAGUCCCCGCAUCCUGUUAAGCCUUCUGGGUGCUGUUGUGCCCCUGAUCUUCAACCCUUGGGGCCCCCGUUAGAUCCCGAUGAACUCAUGCACCCUGGCCAUUGCCUGCUAUCUCUGGACAGUAUUACAGCCAGUCUCCUUGACAGUGUCCCACUAACUCCUCCCAAUGUCAGUGGGACUCAGAGAUGGUUUUCCAGGGACGAUGCUGGAGACUGGAAAGCCCCUGUGAACCUCCCUGAGGUUGUAAGGAUGGACCACUCUUAUGCUCGUAUGGUCCUGGCCCCGGGUGCUGUUCCCAGAAUCUCUUGGACCCCUGACUGUGAUCUCCUGGGGCUAAAGUUAGAGGCAGCUGCAUCUCUUGAGCCCUGGAACAUGUUCACCACUAAUGGACAGUCUUCAGUCUUUGAGCCCAUGACUAUUGAAGAUUUUGCCCAAUAUGACUGUAUCUGA